AUGAAGAUCAACAUCAACGCUUCCAUGCCUUUCUUUCUCUACACAUUCUUGAUGGAACUGCUCAUCGUUAUCAUGACGGUCGUUGGGCUGUCAACGCGCCGCGCCGCGCGUGCAUCGCAGUUGUGGAAGAUGUUGUAUCGCCAAGGGAUCUUGUACUACCUCGUGACGCUCGUCUUCCAGACUCCCACUAUCAUUCUUGCGUGGUACACAGUAAGCGGAUGCGUACUCGGCGUCUUCAGCAGUCCAGGGCUUGUUGCCAGCGUCAUAGCAUCAUGCUCCGCCGUGACCUCGCUCCUCGCCCUACCGGGCGCAACAGUACCUGAGGGCGGAUCAACUGUCUGCGAGAAGGCUAACGUCGGCAAAUCGCCGCCCGCGCGUGGAUCCCAGCUGCUAACCACGAACAUCAACUUGCCCAUAGGUGUGGAGAGCUCAGAGGCCUCAUCGAGUGCCAUAGCGUCUCUCCCGGAGAUGCACAUGCUUGAAGAGCGCGACCUCGGGAUUGCUGAGUGUGCUCUGAUAGUCCCAGCCGGGACGAAUGUGUAGCCUAGCAUGGCGAAGAGGAUAGAUCGUAGCUCUUACCGGCGCGCUCAUUGUCCUGACAAAUGUCUUGCGGUACCAGUGGGCCACGGCGAGUUUAAAAGGCCCGUGCCACAACGAAUGAGAUGCCGCAUCUGGCCCUGAGUUUGUAAACGAGACGGAGUUUGUAAUUAGGGCCUGCUUCAAGCGUAUGCGCGGUUGUGGCUGAAGACCGGG